AGGGUCCGAGAACUGAAGAGGCACUCGUUCCUCUUUCGUUAUCGUCUGCGGCUCUGUGAUAGGUAUUUCUCUGCCUGACUUGGAAGGAUCUUCGCGUGCUUUUUCCACCUCAUCGUGUCUUUUCUGUUCUCCCCAGAGAGGUAAUUAUGGCGCGCGAUAGGAGGUGACGUCCCUCACUUUGAUUUCCAAUAUUAAUAAUAACCAUCACAGUGACAGCUUCACGGUGGGAAUACUGAAAAAGAACCAACGGCGCUCGGAACGUCAAGAGAUCCGGAAUGGACGAUGGAAUGCUCCACGUUACUACAAUGAAAAGUCUGCUGGUGUCCGUUUUGCUUUUGAGCAUCACCUGCGGUCAGAGCCUCUCUCAGACCAUGGCUGGAACGCUCAAGGACGCAGAAACUAAUGACAAUAUCACCAUAUUCACGAGGAUCUUAGAUGGACUGCUGGAUGGCUAUGACAACAGGCUACGACCCGGGCUGGGAGAAAAGGUAACUGAAAUUAAGACAAACAUCUUUGUUACCAGCUUUGGCCCGGUUUCAGAUACUGAAAUGGAGUACACUAUCGAUGUGUUUUUCCGGCAAAGCUGGAAAGAUGAACGCCUGCGUUUUAAGGGACCAAUGGAGAUGCUCCCUCUGAACAACCUUCUCGCCAGCAACAUCUGGACCCCUGACACUUUCUUUCUCAAUGGAAAGAAGUCCAUCGCGCACAACAUGACGACUCCCAACAAGCUGCUUCGUCUGAAGGAUGAUGGGACCCUGCUCUACACCAUGCGAUUAACCAUCUCAGCUGAGUGUCCCAUGCAGUUAGAGGAUUUCCCUAUGGAUGCCCAUGCCUGCCCUCUGAAGUUUGGAAGCUAUGCCUAUCCUGUCUCAGAGGUGGUGUAUACCUGGACGCUCGGGGCAGCUAAGUCUGUGGUGGUGGCUGAGGAUGGAUCACGGCUCAACCAGUACCAUCUGAUUGGGCAAACUGCAGGCACUGAGGACAUCUACACUAGCAGAGGUCAAUACACUGUGAUGAUGGCGCAUUUCUACCUGAAGAGGAAAAUCGGUUAUUUUGUAAUCCAGACGUACAUGCCCUGCUUCAUGACGGUGAUUCUGUCCCAAGUGUCUUUCUGGCUGAACCGGGAAUCUGUGCCAGCUAGGACUGUCUUUGGUGUGACGACAGUCCUGACCAUGACCACUCUCAGCAUCAGUGCCCGGAACUCAUUGCCCAAGGUGGCCUACGCCACAGCCAUGGACUGGUUCAUCGCUGUGUGCUAUGCUUUCGUCUUCUCUGCGCUCAUAGAGUUUGCCACCGUCAACUACUUCACAAAGAGGAGCUGGGCAUGGGAUGGCAAGAAAGCCAUGGAGGCCCAGCAGCCAAAGAAAAAGGAUCCCCUGGCGCUGUCCAAGAAGCCGAACAACACCUGCUCAGCAGGAGGGGUGAACUACACGCCCAACAUUACCAAGGACACAGCCGUCGCCACCAUCUCGAACAGCACUGCCGUGCAGAUGAAGCCUGCUGAGUCCAAAGCACCAGACCCCAAAAAGACAUACAACAGCGUGAGCAAGAUCGACAAAAUGUCCAGGAUUGUGUUCCCGGUGCUCUUUGGAACCUUCAACUUGGUAUACUGGGCGACAUACCUCAACAGGGAACCUGUGAUCAAAGGGGCGAAGUAACCCACACAAAGAACCUCCGCUCCAACCUUCAGCAAACUUCAGCCAUAUUGUUUGACAGACUGGAUUGCCAUAGAAACCAAGG